CCAGACGCACUAAUACUCCCUAGUACUCCCUAGUUACUCCGAGCGACCCUGUAUCCUUGUUUGGUCGGGUUUGGCAAUAUCCACCACUUCUUGAGCACAUCGUCAAUGGUAUCGACGGAGCCAACGUACGAACCAGAGGUUGACGCUGGGUUCACCGAUGAAGAAUAUCAGAAAGACCAGGAUGCUUCAGACGCACAAGCUCAAAUCAUCGCAUCCCUCCGUUCCCAAGUAACUGAUCUCUUCUCGCAAGUCACCGAGCUCAAUGGCAAGCUCGUCAAAUCCUACGACCGUGUCUCCGACAUAGAAGAUCAGCUGCACGUCUCUGAAAACUCUCUACGUAAUGCGAGCAUUACCGUCUCAUCACUCGAGCUUGAGCGCACCCACCAUCUCGCUGCGCUCAAUACAGGGCUGCUCGUCGAGAAAGAACAUGUCACUGCAGAACUGAACAGACUCAUGGAACGUGCGACAGAGGAGGCUGCACAGCGCGGACAGGCAGAGACAGCCAAGAGUGACAUCGAGAAGGAGCUUGAUGAUCUCAGUGCAACUCUGUUUCUUCAGGCAAACACAAUGGUCGCAGAAGCACGAUUGGGGCGGGCCAGGAGCGAACGCAAGGUGGCCGAGGCGGAGGAGGCGUUGAGAGGAGCUGAGGAAGCCGUCAAAGUUAUGCAGACCCAGAUGCAAGCCCUGCAGGCUGAAAAAGAGGCUGCUGAGCGUCAGGCGGCGGAGGCGCGACUUAGCAUGGGGAAGGGCAAGUGGAUCGAGCGGGACGCGCAGCUGGUUGAACAGCAUCCGGCAGACGUCCGAAAAAUGCGCUUGGUAACCGUGCAUGUUCCCUACGCCGAGUUCAUUGCGUUCGUAACACACCUUCGAGGACUAAGGGUUUCACAGGCUACUUCGCCCGCUAUUUCCACACUUCUGGGCCUACCCUUCCUCGCACGGUUGCUCACGGAGGAUUCAGAACCGACUGUACGGCUAGACUUGGCUCCCUCAUUAAACUGGCUCUCCCGGCGGUCGGUCCUGACAGCGAUCCACGCAGGGAUGCUCAUUCUUGAGCCAGUACCGUUCUCGUCGCUUGUACAGGAGCUGUACCCCCACUCACAGACAAACAUACCCGUAACCAUUUCAUGUGCGCUUUGCGGGACGGUGAUCGUACGUGCGCAGACGCACGAAAUACCCCCGAGCCACCCGCUUGCAUCCCUCGCGCGCAGCCGCAGCAGUGGCCGCCUCACGAACGGCAACCUUUGGUUCAAGAAUCCACUCUCCAAUUCCUCAUCAAAUCAUGUGGGACAUGAUACAGAUAUUGAGUACCCUGAGCAAGUGUACGUAUUUCGUCUUGCACCUGCAACCCCUGCCCCAGCUGUCGCGCCCACCUCUUUACCGCUUCACACCUCUGCGCUUUCUACCUCUGCGUUUCCCGUCUCCAGGCCACCAGCGCACCCCACUGGGGCAACCCGCACGAGCGCCAUUCAAACACAACAACCCUAUCCAUUGUGCACAUCUAAUUACUGCCUGCUGCGCCUCCGCAGUACUUGUUCGCUCUGGGCUUUUGUCCGCACGUGCGUCGUCGAGCGUAUAUGGGAGGAGGAACUUGUUAUACCCGAUAAGAAGCCCGCGAUUCCAGAUGUCAAUGGCAUGGAGAAUACUCAAGAAUCAAAUAAGAACUCUUUUUCCGCUUUGAAUGCUCCUGCACCCCUAGCGAGUGAGAAGCCACCUGUUCCACCUCGUCGCCGACGACUUUGGGAGAUGGCAAGUGCGCUUGGGGAGAGGGCUGUCAGUUGGACAGAAACUUCAAAGGAAAAGGACAAGGAAAAAGACAAAGGCGAGGGAACUACAAGGAAACUUCCACCAGCACCUCUAGCCCAUCCUUCUGUUCCCCAUCCACAUGCCCAAGUCCCUCCGCUGCCCAAAAGAAGUGGAGAGCGUGACCAUUCAAUAGACACCCCUGCCACCGUAAACGAUGCUGACAAGAACGCCGGUUCUGAAGCUGAAACAUCCAAUUCUCAAGAAUCGUUCACAACCCCCGUUGAUGAAAUGACCUUUGCCCGCCCCGCUCCGUUCAGAGAGUCGUUUUCCUCAGAUCUCCCGUCUCCGCAAACACAAACCCAGGCGCCAGCUUCGCAGCCAGAGCGCCCGCCCUCCCCUCAUACCAUUCCCCUACCAGAGACACCUACGUCACCUGCAUUCCGUGCCACAUCGCCUCCUCCGCGCCCACGCUCUCGUGUGGCCUCACCAGCUCCCUUGCCCUCACGCGUCUCUUCGCCGGUACCACAACGCCCUAUUACACCUCUUGCCCCCAGUCGAUCGAGAGCCGGCUCCCCAGCACCCCCGCGAACGGGCUCUCCGUUCACGCCCUCCAGGACCGCUUCGCCUGCACCAUAUGGUGCUCCGCCAGUCCCCAGGCGAGCUCCUGCACGAAGGGCAGUUCCUGUACCUCCUACCGCUGCACAGACUGAGGCAAAGGAGGGAAUCCCGAUGCCUUCACCUGAAGUCAGCAAAGAUGAUAAGUUAACAAACGCCGCGAAGGAAGAAGAAAAAUCAUCUCCUGUUCCUAAACAGAAAGUUGUGGUGUGUGAGGACAGUGCUGUAGAGUCCUCUACGACCAAACCUGAAACCUUCGAAAAACCCAACCCCUUACCUGACACGAGCCUGAACGGAAAUCCUUCUCCCGAAAAUCAGGUGUCCGUGGAUGCGUCUUCCCAUACCGCCGUCAACCCAUCCUCCGAAGCUAGCCAAACCAGGAGUCUUUCCGAAGGUUCCAGCACACGAGAGACAUCUAUCGACACAAACUGUACGAAGCGCUCGUCUACUACAGAUGGGGAAGGCUACGCUGGUGACGCGACUUGGGAGGACCGUACGUGGAAAGAGAUCAUACGUUUGAAGGAAGAGAUGUUCUGGGCGCGCGUUGGAGGUGUGCGGUAGACUCGCAUCGUUUGGAUGCAAGAUGGCGUGCCCGCUGCUCAUCUAUUUCGCGGUAAGAU